UGCUGCUUUUGCUGUGUUCAGGUGAUGUCCAUCUCAUUAAUUGUUUCAUAUUAAAUAUUGUAUGUCGAACUAAAUACAAAAUUUGUUCACUAAUGUAAUGAAAAUGUUAUCAAAAGUCAGAAUUAUAUACAGAAUUCCAGUAUCUUCAAGAACGUUAUUUAUAAACAAUACGUUGCAUUCGCAAGAGAAUUCACUUACUAAGAAGACGGAUGGCAUUGACAAUUUGCAAGAAAAACAAUAUAAUAACAUUUUAGAAGAUUAUGACCCGAAUAAUGUAAUAUAUACAAAGCCGGAUGAAGAUUUAAAUGAUAUUGCUCCAUACUUAAAACCUUCCUUCAACUUUGCAGCAUAUAUAAAUAAAUCAGAAACACUAAAACAAUUGGUAACCAUAGGAGUAAAUUUGCAUAAAAUUGAAAAAAAUCCAGAAGCAGUGAAUCUUAUAUUGUCUCUAAAUUUUGAAAAUGAUGUCAAAAAGUACAUUUCAUUUUUUGAAGAACUAGGAUUGAUUCAAGAAGAAAUAGCUUAUAUUUUAACAAGAAAUCCACUAAUUCUUAAAGAAGAUCCUGAAUCACUCAAAAUUCGUAUAAAUUACUUAAUGUGUAAAAAAUUUAAUCAAGAAAUGAUAUUAAGCAUAAUACAAAGGAAUCCUUUCUGGUUAUCAUACAGCACACAGGAUGUGGAUAAAAGGUUAGGAUUCUUCCAAAAACGAUUUAAUUUAAGUGGAGAUGAUGUUCGUAUCUUAACUGUUAAAAAUCCCAAAUUAAUUACAUAUGACCAGAGCAAAAUUAAAUUGAAUACUUUCACAUUGAUGGAAGAAAUGGGUUUUGAAUUAACUGAUGUAAAACAAUUAUUACUAGAUGUUCCAAAGUUAUUUAUGAAGGAUCAAAGAUGUGUAUUAAAGACAUUUGAAUAUCUGGUGAAUGAAAUGUCCAUUGAACCUAAACAAAUAAUUCAAGAUCCUGGAAUUUUAUUGUGUAGAUUUAACCGUCUCAGACAACGUCACAGAUUUUUACAGAAACUAGGACGAGACCAAUUUAACCCUUUAAAACCAAACUAUGUUAGUUUAAAUAGUCUGGUACAUGCGACAGAUUCAGAAUUUAGCACUGAUAUAGCAAAAUCUUCUAUUCAAAUAUUUAACAUGUUUCUUAAAUCAAUAUAGAUAUAUUUGAAAAAUA